UAUACCCUUUCACAUUUAGACGUAUCUUCUCGAUGCGUCGUACGACAGUCUACAUCAUUCUCAUAUGGACGGCCUGCGUCAUCAAUUAUGUCAUCUGGUUCUAUUUCUUUAUCAAGGUACACCACGCUACUCACACAUGUCAGGUGCCAACAGACCCACCGUCCCUUCGGCUUCUUGGUGGAUUGUCACAGGUCGUAUUCAAAUUCAUCUGUCCUCUAUUCGUCAUGGUGAUCACCCAAGCAAUGAUCAUCAUCACCUUGCAUCGUCAGGCGAAGCGCUUCAAGUUCAUAAACGGCUCCAAAGAAAAAACAACCCAUGCCAUAAAGUCACAUGAUGCUAAAAGAAGAGUCAUCAAAAUGUUGCUUUUGGUAGUCCUCACUUUUAUGGUAUGUUGGUCCCCUAGUCAAACGUCAUUCCUCCUUUACAGCGCACAGAUCAUCGGUCCUAGGUACCUCUAUAGUCCUCUGAAUCGUAUCUUUACAGUCAUGGGGUUCUACAAUUCCUGUGCUAACCCUAUUAUCUAUACGAUCAGCAAUGCCAAAUUCAGACUUGCCGUCAAGAACGUGUUGACGCGAAAAGGUAGCGAUAAUAUAUCUGUUUUUGGAAUCAAACCGGAAACAGAUAACCCUGAUACCGUUAUGUCGUCUGUCCACAGCGGCGGUAAACAUCAUGUCUGCAGUACCUCUGAGGUUCGACAACCUAACUUCGUUCCAUGUAUGGUCAUCGCGUCGGGUUACACGACCUUUUGUGAGAAGAUACCCCCGUACGCUUAUUUCCGAAAGGUCGGAUGCUCCGAUCACUUUGCCUUCAGCACCAUCAUAGGAGACACAGAAAAGGAGGAUUUUACAGCCUAUGACUACGACAUGACGACACUUGAGACAGGUACAAACACCAAUGAUGGUGACAGUGUCUUAAGGUCAAGAGGAACGUGGUCCUGGUACCCAAUGUCGUGGUCGUGGACUUCGAUUCUACGACUGAAUUCCGCCAUCAUCGGCGUCAUCGGGAAUGCCAUCGUCAUCAUUGUCGUCUUCAAUCGUCGAGUCUCUAAAAACUCCACCGAUAUCCUGAUCGGGUCCCUGGCUGUGGCUGAUCUAUUAUCUUCUAUAGCCAUCAUUCCUGUCCCUAGGAUCAAGUACGUCCCAUCGACAUGGCUUGGUGAGGUCUACUGUCGAGUAGUCAACGGGCAGAUCUUCAUGUGGUUUUUCGUCAACGUAUCCAUCUUCAUUUUAACCGCCAUUUCUGUAGAGAGAUAUGUCGCAGUCAUAUAUCCUUUCACAUUUCGACGCAUCUUCUCGAUGCGACGUACGACGGUCUACAUCAUUCUCAUAUGGACGGCCUGUGCCAUCAAUUAUGUCACCUUCUUCUAUUUUUUCAUCAAGGUAAACCACGCUACCCACAAUUGUCAUUUGCCACUAUCCCUACCGUCCUCACGGCUUCUUGCUGGAUUGUCACAGGUCGUAUUCAAAUUCAUCUGUCCUCUUUUCGUCAUGGUUAUCACCCAAGCAAUGAUCAUCAUCACCUUGCAUCGUCAGGCGAAGCGCUUCAAGUUCAUGAACGGCUCCAAAGAAAGGACAACCCAUGCCAUAAGGUCACACGAUGCCAAACGUAGAGUCAUCAAAAUGUUGCUACUGGUAGUCCUCACUUUCAUGGUAUGUUGGUCCCCUAAUCAAAUAUCAUUCCUCCUUUACAGCGCACAGAUCAUUGGUCCUUGGUACCUCUAUAGUCCUCUGGAUCGUAUCUUUACAGUCAUGGGGUUCUACAAUUCCUGUGCUAACCCUAUUAUCUAUACGAUCAGCAAUGCCAAAUUCAGACUUGCCGUCAAGAACGUGUUGACGCGAAAAGGUAGCGAUAAUAUAUCUGUAUUUGGAAUCAAACCGGAAAUAGAUAACCCUGACACCGUUAUGUCGUCUUCCCAUAGCGCUUGA